GUUCCACUGAAAGACAGGGAAGAAAGAGAAACAAGCAGACACAGACAUUGGCAGCCACUAGGAAUUCAAAUAUCCUGGGCAGCAGGAGACUGGAAGAAAGGACAGAAGUAGCUCUGGCCAUAAUGGAGUUUUUACUGGACCUGAUGCUCCUUAGCCAACUAACAGUGAUCACCUGUGGCUGUCCCAUCCUGCAAGCACCAGAGAAUGUGACAGGACCUUGGAAAGGGGAUGUGAAUAUUCCUUGUACCUAUGGUCCCCAAAAGGGCUAUACCCAAGUCAUGGUGAGAUGGUUGGUACAACGUGACUCAGACCCAGUCACCAUCUUCCAACGUGACUCCUCUGGAGACCAUAUCCAGCAAGCAAAAUAUCGAGGCCGCCUGCAUGUGAGCCAGGAGGUUCCCGGGGUUGUAUCUCUCCAACUGAAUAGCUUAGAGAUGGAUGACAGGAGCCAUUACACCUGUGAAAUCACCUGGCAGAACCCUGAUGGCAACCAAGUGAUGAGAGAUAAGACCAUUGAGCUCCGUAUCCAGAAACUUCCUGUCUCCAAGCCUACAGUGACAACUGGCAGCGGUUAUGGCUUCACGGUGCCCCAAGGAAUGAGGAUUAGCCUUCAGUGCCUGGCGUGGGGUUCUCCCCCCAUCAGUUAUGUCUGGUACAAGGAACAAACUAAUGACCAGGAACCCAUAAAAGUAGCAGAUUUGAGUACUUUACUCUUCAAGCCUGCAGUGGUGGCUGACUCAGGCUUCUAUUUUUGUACUGCCAAGGGCCGUGUUGGCUCUGAGCAACGCAGCAACAUUGUGAAGUUUGUGGUCAAAGGUUCCUUAGAGCCAUUUGAGACCAAGAAUGAGGCACCUACCACCAUAAAAUCCCCAUUGAAAGCAACAUCUACAUUAAACCCAUCCUGGGACUGGACCACUAAAACGGAUGUCUACUUUGGGGAAACCAUUGCUGGGCCGGGGAAAGGAAGGGGCUUGCCUAUGUUUGCCAUCAUCCUCAUCACCUCCUUGUGCUGUAUGGUUGUCAUCACCAUGACUUAUAUCAUACUCUGCCGGAAGACAUCUCAACAGAAACAUGUCUAUGAAGUUAACAGGGUGCAUGCCAGAGAAGGCAGUAACUCUGAAGAAACCAUGAGAGUGGCCAUCUUCACAACUGUCUGCUCCAGUGACAAGCAAGCUUCGCUAGCUCUGGGCAAUGACUACUCUGAUGAAUCCUGAAUCCUGAAUACUGAAUGGUCCAGGAGUACCAGAUCAUCACCUAGAUCAACAGUGACUGCACCUAUUUGCUGCAAACCAUACCCUCAGAUAAUGAUCUUCUGGCCACUGAGGUCAGGAGUGUCUGUUAAAAUGUUUCACUAGGUCAAGUUCUGCUAACAUAAUUGCCUAUUCAGUUCCUGCCUUUGGUAUGGCCUCUUUCGUUGCUGAUUCUCUUCCUGAAUAGCCCAAAGUGUCUGCCCUGCCAAUAUUGGAGCCCCUGAAAGUGACUGGCUUUGCCUAAGAAUUUUCCAUAUGCACCUCAAGCAAGCCAGCUUCUGGGUUUUGUCCUGGGUCCUUCUAGUAUCUCCACCUGGGACUUCAACUGUUCUUUUUCAAACACCAGAGAAAUGUCCAGAGCAGUAGGGCUUGAUCAUCAUACUUCUAUGUACCACCAGAAGAGCAGAGGAGGCUAAACUCUGCUAGUUCAAGAGACCAACUAUGUGCAGAAUCACUUCUUUUUAUCCAGGGCCAACCACUUUUAUCUGACAUUGUCAUGUCACAAGCUGGAAUUUUGUUCUGCUCUGUAUUGUGAAUCUAGUGUUCUAGUAUUCUUUCAGUGCUCAAUAAACAUCUCAUCA